AUGCUGAGAGCAAGAGCCCUGAUAUUCCUGGGAACUCUGCUGACUGGAUCUCUGGGUGCCCCCCCAGGGGGCCAGGACACGCCCCCACUGGCCUGGGAAGUGCAGCGCUAUGACGGCUGGUUCAACAAUCUCAGGCACCAUGAACGCGGGGCGGUUGGUUCGCGGCUGCAGCGCUUAGUCCCGGCCCAUUACGCGGAUGGCGUCUACCAGGCCUUGGAGGAGCCGCUGCUGCCCAACCCUCGCCGGCUGAGCGAUGCGGUGGCUCGGGGCCGAGCCGGGAUGGCGUCGCUGCGCAACCGCACGGUGCUGGGCGUCUUCUAUGGCUACCACGUGCUGUCCGACCUGGUGAGCGUGGAGACCCCCGGCUGCCCCGCCGAGUUCCUCAACAUCCGCAUCCCGCCCGGAGACCCCGUGUUUGACCCCCAGCGGCGCGGGGACGUGGUGCUGCCCUUCCAGAGGAGCCGCUGGGACCCCGAGACCGGACAGAGCCCCAGUAACCCCCGGGACCUGACCAACCAGGUGAGCGGCUGGCUGGACGGCAGCGCCAUCUACGGCUCCUCGCACUCGUGGAGCGACGCCCUGAGGAGCUUCUCCGGGGGACAGCUGGCGUCGGGGCCCGACCCCAACUUCCCGCGGGCGCCCCAGGCCGCGCUGCUCAUGUGGUCGGCGCCCGACCCCGCCACGGGCCAGGGCUCAGAUUUCCUCCUGGUCCAGCCCAACACGUGUGUCCCCCCCCUCUGCCCUGUCCCUCAGAACAUUGCUCUGUAUGAGUGGCUGCCCAGCUUCCUGCAGAAAACGCCCCCGCCGUAUACAGGGUACCACCCUUUCACUGACCCCAGCAUCUCCCCGGAGUUCGUGGUGGCCACUGAGCAGUUCUUCUCCACUAUGGUGCCCCCUGGUGUCUACAUGAGAAACUCCAGCUGUCAUUUCCGGGAAGUUCUGAACAAGGAUUUGGGCAGCUCUCCAGCUCUCAGGGUCUGCAACAGCUACUGGAUUCGGGAGAAUCCUAAUCUGAAGAAUACCCAGGAUGUGAAUGAACUGCUACUGGGAAUGGCCUCACAGAUCUCAGAACUGGAGGACAGGAUAGUGAUCGAAGACCUGAGGGAUUAUUGGCCUGGCCCAGACAAGUUCUCCCGCACAGACUACGUGGCCAGCAGCAUCCAACGUGGUCGAGAUAUGGGGCUGCCCAGCUAUAGCCAAGCCAUGCUGGCUUUGGGACAGGAGCCCCCAAAGAACUGGAGGGACCUCAACCCCAAGGUAGAGCCCCAGGUGCUGGAGGCUACAGCUGCCUUGUAUAACCAGGACCUGUCUCGGCUAGAGCUACUCCUGGGUGGGCUCCUGGAGAGCUAUGGAGACCCUGGACCCCUAUUCAGCAACAUCAUCCUCAAUCAGUUUGUGCGACUGAGGGAUGGUGACCGCUAUUGGUUUGAGAACACCAAGAAUGGGCUGUUCUCCCAGGAAGAGAUUGCAGAAAUCAGAAACACCACCCUCCGGGAUGUGUUGGUAGCGGUCACUAACGUUGACCCUAGCUCCUUGCAGCCCAACGUCUUUGUCUGGCAGGAAGGUGCGCCCUGCCCACAGCCCCGGCAGCUCACAACUGAAGGCUUGCCCAAUUGUGUGCCCCUUACUGUGACUGACUACUUCAAGGGCAGCGGUGCGGGCUAUGGCCUUGUCAUUGUGGCUCUCUGCUGCUUUCCCUUAGUGAGUCUGCUUAUGGCUGGGGUGGUGGCUCACUUCCGGAACCGAGAGCGCAAGAAGCUACAAAGGAAAGGCAAAGAGAGCACAAAGGAGGAAGCCGUCAAAGUUGGAGUGACAGGGAUGGAGUGGCCAGGCCCCAAGGGGAGCAGCUAUCCCAUCACCAUCCGGCUGCUCCCGGACAAGUGCUUACAGGUCCUGGACGGAGGGCUCACGGUGCUUCGCACCAUCCAGCUGCAGCCCCUGCAGCAGGUCAACCUCAUCCUGUCCAGCAACCGGGGAUGCAGGACACUGCUGCUCAAGAUCCCCAAGGAGUAUGACCUGGUGUUGCAGUUUAACUCAGAAGAGGAGCGAGGCGCCUUUGUGCAGCAACUGCAGGACCUCUGUAAGUGCUGGAGUCCAGGCCUCCGGGUGGCUCAGAUGAGCGAGCGCGAGCUCUUCAAGAAGGCUGUCACUAAGCAACAGCGAGGCUGCAUCCUGGAGAUCUUCUUCAGGCAUCUUUUUGCUCAGGUGUUAAACAUCAACCAGGCGGAUGCAGGGACCUUGCCAGUGGACUCAUCCCAGAAGGUUCGAGAAGCCCUGACCUGUGAGCUGAGCAGGGCUGAGUUUGCUGAGUCCCUGGGUCUCAGGCCUCAGGACAUGUUUGUGGAGUCCAUGUUCUCUUUGGCUGACAAAGAUGGCAAUGGUUACCUGUCCUUCCGCGAGUUCCUGGACAUCCUGGUGGUCUUCAUGAAAGGCUCCCCGGAAGAUAAGUCCCGACUGAUGUUCACCAUGUAUGACCUGGAUGGGAAUGGCUUCCUCUCCAAGGAUGAAUUCUUCACCAUGAUGCGAUCCUUCAUCGAGAUCUCUAACAACUGCCUAUCCAAGGCCCAGCUGGCCGAGGUGAUGGAGUCCAUGUUCCGAGAGUCAGGUUUCCAGGACAAGGAGGAGCUGAACUGGGAGGACUUCCACUUUAUGCUUCGGGACCACCACAGCGAGCUCCGCUUCACACAGCUCUGUGUCAAAGGUGUUGGAAACAUCUUUAAACCAAAUAUCAGCUCUCGAGUCUCAUUCAUCACUCGGACUCCUGAGAACUGCUCUUACCCCAAGGAGCUGGUCCUCCCUGCCUCAGAAACCCCUGGUCUAAAGAAGAGAUUUGGCAAAAAGGCAGUGGGGACCCCUGAGCUGUACACAGAAGCCCUUCAGGAGAAGAUGCAACGGGGCCUUGUCGCCCAGAAACUACAGCAAUUCAAGCGCUUUGUGGAGAACUACCGACGUCACAUCAUGUGUGUUGCAAUCUUCUCAGCCAUCUGUGUGGGCCUGUUUGCAGAACGAUCCUACUAUUAUGCAUUUUCCUCACCACCCACCGACAUUGAAGAGACCACCUACGUGGGCAUCAUCGUGUCCCGGGGCACGGCAGCCAGCAUCUCCUUCAUGUUCUCCUACAUCCUGCUCACCAUGUGCCGCAACCUCCUCACCUUCCUGCGGGAGACCUUCCUCAACCGCUACAUCCCCUUCGAUGCCGCCGUGGACUUCCACCGCUGGAUCGCCAUGGCGGCUGUCAUCCUGGCCAUUUUGCACAGUGCUGGUCACGUGGUGAAUUUCUACAUCUUCUCAGUCAGCCCCCUCAGCCUGAUGGCCUGUGUAUUCCCCAACGUCUUUGUGAAUGAUGGAUCUAAACUUCCCCAGAAGUUCUACUGGUGGUUCUUUGAGACGAUUCCAGGUAUGACAGGAGUUCUGUUGCUCCUGGUCCUGGCCAUUAUGUAUGUCUUUGCCUCUCACCACUUCCGCCGCUGCAGCUUCCGGGGUUUCUGGCUGACUCAUCACCUCUAUGUCAUUCUUUAUGCCCUGCUCAUCAUCCACGGCAGCUUCGCUCUCAUCCAACUACCCAGUUUCCACAUCUACUUCCUGGUCCCAGCCAUUAUCUUUGGUGGGGACAAGCUGGUGAGCCUGAGCCGGAAGAAGGUGGAGAUCAGCAUGAUGAAGGUGGAGCUGCUGCCUUCAGGUGUAACUCACCUGCAGUUCCAGCGGCCCCAAGACUUUGAGUACAAGUCAGGGCAGUGGGUGCAGAUCGCUUGCCUGGCCCUGGGGACCACUGAGUACCACCCCUUCACGCUGACCUCGGCGCCCCACGAGGACACCCUCAGCCUGCACAUCCGGGCAGUAGGACCCUGGACCACUCGGCUCCGGGAGAUCUACUCCCCGCCAACGGGCCUAGGCUCUGCCAGAUACCCAAAGCUGUACCUCGAUGGACCAUUUGGGGAAGGCCACCAGGAGUGGCAUAAGUUUGAGGUGUCCGUGCUGGUGGGAGGGGGCAUUGGGGUCACCCCUUUUGCCUCCAUCCUCAAAGACUUGGUCUUCAAAUCCUCAGUGGGCACUCAGAUGCUCUGCAAAAAGAUCUACUUCAUCUGGGUGACCAGGACCCAGAGGCAGUUCGAGUGGCUGGCUGACAUCAUCCGGGAGGUGGAGGAGAAUGACUGCCAGGACCUGGUGUCUGUGCACAUCUACAUCACCCAGCUGGCUGAGAAAUUCGACCUCAGGACCACCAUGCUGUACAUCUGUGAGCGACACUUCCAGAAGGUGCUGAACCGGAGUCUGUUCACGGGGCUGCGUUCCAUCACCCACUUUGGCCGGCCGCCCUUUGAGCUCUUCUUCAACUCCCUGCAGGAGGUCCACCCACAGGUGCACAAGAUCGGCGUGUUCAGCUGUGGCCCCAGGAAUGACCAAGAACGUGGAGAAGGCCUGCCAGCUCAUCAACAGACAGGACCGGGCCCACUUCGUGCACCACUAUGAGAAUUUCUAAGCUUGUCCUCCCUGGAUCCUGCUUCCAGUCUCCCAUUCCCCAGAAAUGAGCUUGCCACCAAUUGGGAAUGGUGGCGGAUGCCUG